AGCAUCAGGCUACGUCUGCGAGCGAGGGGUGUGCUCCCCGCUCACGGACCAGGCCUCGGUGAAGAGCAGUGUGGCUGUGGCAGCCCGGCCGAACCGUGUCAAGGGACAUGCCCACGGCUCAGUCGAGCCUCCGCCGCUGCUGCCCCGGCUACGCUGCCCUUGGUACCUGCAGAGCUCAGUGCGGUAUGCUGGGAACCAGCUCCUUGUGUGGACGUAGCCGCCGAACCCCCCCAGAGCUCCAGGUGUUAGCUGUGGAGCCCCCGCCCCGUCUGUAAUUGGGGGGUGGACGGGGACCUGGGAAAUGGGCACAUUUAUCUGCUGCUCAGACCUGGCAUCGGCCCAGGGAAGGGUGCCCUGGGCUGGACUAGCAAGGGCUGCGGGUUGGGAUUGAGGGGGACCGGCAGAGCUGGGAGGAAGGCCCAGGACUGGGCUGGCAGUGGGCUGCGGGUCGGGAUUGGGGGGCACCGGCAGAGCUGCCCCAUCAGUUCUUGACGCUCCCAGGUGUUAAUUCACACCCAUCCGGAAGGCCCAGCCUCUCCCACGACUCCCCUCCAGGAGCUGAGGUGGGUCUGGGACGGAGCCAGAAGCCCCCGCGGUGCCUGCGCUCGCCCGUUAGCCCUUCCCUUCCCUGCGUGGGGCUUCUCGGCUCUCCGCCAGGCUGCGAGUUGCGACGUGUAGGCCGAGCGCAGGCUGGCUCGUCAGCUCCAGCUCGGCUGGUGUUUGUGAGCGGCCGCGGGGGUGGGAGCAGGAAGCCAGGGCGGCGAUGGCUGGCUGGGAGUGGGUAAGCUGCGCGGCUGCGCCCUCUUCCCAUUGCUGGUGGGGGAGGCCCGGGGCCCCCUGGCCCAGCGCAGGGACCUGCCAGACCUUUGGGUGGGCGGAGAUCUGAGCCCCCCGGCGCCCAGGAAGGGCGUGGCUGGGCCCCGGAGCCAGCUGGCUCCGCGGCCCUCGUUCAGGGCGGUUCUGCUGCCAAGGAGGGAGCCCUCGGUGGCAGGGUCCCCCAGGCUGGGAGGGCUGAGCCAAGCUGCCCCUCCUUGGGCUUUGCAAAUCUCCCUGCCGUUCCCCCCGCCCCAGUUCGGUCUUGUCUCCGCUGAAUGUUUCCCGGAAGGCGGGAGCCCCUGGGGCUAGCUCGAGGGGGCCGAAUGCCCAGCGUAGCGACUGUAGCAGUUUUGUCCGUCUUCGUUCCGCUCCUUUCUCCCCGAGCGGCAGGAUCUGAUCCAAGCCGCCAAGCCCGGCUGUCUGCCUGGGGCUGUGAUCGGGUGAGGGGCGCUGGCCCGGCAGGUCCUCCCGGUUCCCCCAGGCGUUGGGUGACUCCGGACACGGAGCACGAGGACAGCCGGCGCUAUGUGCCCAGCGCUUCUCACCACUCCAUGCGAUGCUGGGGCUGGGCCCUGUUCCAAGUUUGCUGUAACCUCACGAAUGAGCCCAUCCCUCCCUGGGCCAAUCUCACCCCUCGCUCCCUGUCGGCUCCCCGCUUCACCCCCGGGUGGCUGGGCAGGUGCAGGGAGCGGGAUUUCAGCCCAUCCACCCCCUGGGACCUGAAGAGCCAGGCAACGUGGCCUGAGUUCCCGUUCUGGGCUGGGCCCCUCUGGGAGAAGACGCCAACCUGCUAGAGAGGCGAUGCCCGUGGCCUUUCUGGGCCCCCGUUGUGCCACGGGGACGGUCUGGGCAGAAACAGGCCUGGACCCCCUACCCUGCUGUGGCGUCUGUCUAGGAGUUGCUAAAGGGCCCAUCACCUUCCUGUCUGGGCUGCUGCCGCAGAAGCUGAGCUCAAAGCUCAUCGGUGUCGUUGCUUCACAGAGGUCGCAGGGUCUCCAUCCCCCUUUCCCGGCCGCCCCCAGACAAUGACCCUGCGGUUCGGGGUGUUCUGAACCCAGCCCCGGUUCGGUGACUGGUCCCAGGGGGACACUAACCCAUGAGGACCCCCAUCCCAUUACCGAGGGAGCGAUCAGCAAACCGACCCUGUCCACCUAACGCCGCCCAUGCAGCCGCCCGGGGACCUUAACCAGCCGUGGGCCAGUUCUGGGCACGCAGCCAGGGCAGCUGGCAAAACCCAGCCUCCGGAGUUGGCUGCACAUGCGCACGGGCGGGAGCUGCUUUCGCUUUCCAUCCGACUGGGGCUUGCUCUGGCUGGACUUGGUUGGCACCGAUGUCCCACAGCUGCUUAGCUCCCCUGGGACGGGCGGCUUCCCCAGCCCGGAGUUUGUCGGGGGCUGGACAGGCCGCUGCGGGCCAGGCUCCGUGGGGCGGCGUCCAGCCAGGGCUGCUUGUCUAGGGUCUGGCAGCGGCACUUCCUCCCCUCUCGGUCUCGCUGUUGCUUUUCCCCGGCAGGGUGGAGAGGAAGGAAGUUGGGUGCCUGCCGCAGAGUCGGUGCGCUCGGGCCUGGGCUACAGCACGUAGGCCGGAGGAUCUCAGGGCGAGCUGACCCCCGGAUUGGCACCAAGGCCAUGAGCGAGUGAGCGGGUGUCCUCGUGGGGCGGAUCCUGGGCGCCAGUGAGGUCAGGGAGAAUCCAGGCUGUUCCUGCUGGGAAGCCACCAUCUUGCGGGGUCACCAUGCAGCGCACCGGGUCCCCCAUCACCACGGAGACCGACAUCGACCUCACCGCCGCGCUGCUGCCUUCUGGGGGGACGCGGAGCCAUCAGCACGCCAUCAAGACGGCCGUCAGCGAGACGGGGGCGCUGCCCGUGCCGGGCUACGAGGGGCCCCCCUCUCCCGCCGGCUGCCGCUGCUGCAGCCUCGCUAAGCUGCAGACGGGACCCCAGCCUGGCGCCGGCUGCCGGCUCUGGAACGCCCCCUACCCCAAGCUGCCCCCGGGGUCCUGCCCGGGGAAGGGCUUUGGCCAGUCCACACUGCCGUUCAGCUUCGGGACCAGCUCUGCGCCCCCGCACCGAGACCCCCGCCUCACACUGCAGCCCAGCGAGCUGCCCACCGGGACGGCCAGGCUGAGCAGCGGGCCUUGGGGAGAGCCAGGGAGGUGCGGCGGGGGCCUCAAAGGCCUGGAUCUAGAGCUCUGGGAGCCCCCAGAGACCAAGCCAGGGCUGGAGGAUGGGACGGCUCCCCCCUCGGCCUUGGAGAAGCCCCCCAUCCGAGAAGGCUGCUCCCCCUGGGCUGAGGCGCGGCUCUGCCCCGUGCAGCCGGGACGGGAUGUGUCUCCACCAGAGAGUCGCUGUGGGGUCCGGGAAGAGCAGGGCUGUGCGGGCGUCCCUCCCAACGCAGCUCUUGGCCUCUCGGCGGGCAGGGCGGGCGCACACCGGGCUGAGGGCGCAGGCCGUGGGCGUGACCCCUUGACAUCGGAAACAGCAGCCAAGCCGCGGCGGGACGGCAGCAUCGCGCUGAGCGAGGGCACGAGGGAGCUGGUGAUCAGCCGGGAAGGGACACGGGACAUCCCCCAUCCAGUGGGGAGCGGGCUGGCCCCGUGUGCCCCCCCUGAGCCAGAGCCCCCCUCAGCAGACCCACGGGAAGAGGAGCUGCCGCCGGAAGGUCCUGGCGGGACAGAGGAGGAGGCAGUUACGAGUUGGCCCCGGGACACUGAGCUGGGGAAGCGGCCAGGGACCGAGAGCUCUGUUGGCUCAGCCGGCCCGGGCCGUGAAAGCAGCCAGCCCGUCUCCCAGGAGCCGGCCAGCCAGGCCCAGCAAAUCGGGGACCUGGGGCCCGCGGGUGCCAGCGCUCCCACUAAGACGUCCGUGGAGGACGCCUACGGGAGGCUCACCAAGGCAUGCGGCCUGUCCCUCCUGGAGGAGCUGAGACGGACGUUCCUGGAUGCCGAGGGCGGCUGCUUCUCGCUCCUGGAUUCGGGCCUGGUCUUGGGACGAGUGGAGGAGCAUGCAGCGCUGGGGCUGGCCAUCCUGCCCAUGCGGGAUGGGCGGAAGCUGGCCACGACCCUGCCCAACUGCAGCCUCUUCCUGUACUACGCUCUGGGCCGGCAGUUCUACGUCACGGAGAAGCUGGCGGAUCGCUGGUUCCGAGCGCGGGACCGGGUCACCGGGGAGAGCAUGCUGAUGAAAAAGGUGCCCGUGGUCUCCGACUGGAGGAAGAUGUUACACAAUUUCCUGUUCCUGCCCCCUCACCCCACGCUGCUGGUGCCUUACGCCGUCCUGUACGACCGCAACGGCUCCAUCCUCUACCUCAUGGAGGACAGGGACGUGCACGCGGUGGGGCGGCCGCCCGAGGGGCCUGGCCUGGAGGGAGCUCGAGCCCUGCGGGAGGUGCUGAACUUCCUGAGGUUCUGCAAACGCCACCACUUCCACCCUGGGGACGUCGGCGCGGCCUCCAUCUACACGGCCCAGGGCGUCUGCUUUGACCCCAGCAGCCUGUCCAGCAGCGAGGACCCCUACGCCUUCCGGAAGAGCAUGAGAACCUGUCUGCGCCCGCUGCUGGCCCAGCACCAGGGGCUCGCGGGCCUGGACUCCCUGGUGGACAGCAUGUGCCAGUACCUGGAGGAAGAGGAGAACCCGGAGCCCGGCGACACGCCGAGCAGGGGCAGCCCCAAGUGAGCGGAGCCCAGGCCCCACGGCUGCCCCCCACCGGAGACGGGCUGCAGAGAUGGGCGCGCAUCCCUGGGGUGCCUGGAGGCAGAGCGCUGGGAUCCAGCCGUGGACGUUGCUGGCAGGGGCGCCACGGGGUGGGUGGGUGCCCAGGUGUGGAGUACCCGGGGGGUUCUUGCAGCAGGCGGGUUCCGCUGUCUUGCUCCCUGGAGAAACAGGCUCAUUGGCCAGCCCAGCUCAUUCUGAACAGCCGGGGGGGGCGGGAGGGGGGGGGGGGAUAUGUGGCCAAGAUCGCCCUGCUCUGGGUUGGGCCGUCGAUGAAUUCAGCGAGGUGGGAGGAAUGACGCUGACGGUGCUAGCCCCUUGCCUGCAGGGGCCCCACAAACCCUGCAGAUAGGUCCCGGCUCAUCGGCAAGGCCCCCCAGCCCUGGCCAAGAACCCACGGAACAUUCCAGCACCCGUGUUACCAAAGAAGGCAGGCCUGGGACCCGAGAGUGCUUGGCUCCACCUUUGGCCUUCACCUCCUCUCGUCACCGCAUUGUGCCUCAGUUUCCCCAUCCCCGCCGUGGGGGAGGAUGCUGCUUUCCUACCUGCGAGGAGCUGAAGGAUUGUGAGGGGGGCUCAGAUCCCCCCUGCCAAGUGCCUUCCGGAUGCACAGCCCCGCAGGUGGUCCCUGAUAAUUAGCACGAGGUAACGAGGAUCAGGGGAAAUGGAUGGGCUUGCAGGCCGGCCAGCCGGGGACUUCAGGUGCUUCAAGGACUCACUUUUAUAACUAUGCAUCGCAACCUUUGUAAUAAGUGUAUCCUUCCGCAGCAGAAACUAGUCCUUUGACAUAUAUAUAUUUUG